UUGAUUAACAUUUGAUCAACUAAAUUUGACCAGUUAUUUAAACAUUGAAAACGACUCUUGUUACAAUAAGAUGAAAUUGCAUGUUUUGUUCCAUUAUGCCUUCAUGUCGUCAUGAGUAUUACGGUAAUACAUUGCUAUACCCGCGCUUGUGUGUGUGUAGAUAGGCCUACAUUCAAGUGUUAUAUUGGGUGCGUACACAAUGUCUUCUAGUCCACUAUACAAACUAGAUUUGUUAUUUGUAAUAGACUACUACACAGCUGUCAUUUGAAUCGUAAUGUCACUUUGACACCGCCAAUGUCAUAGCAUAUAUGUCAUUUCACAUACUGUCAUUCCCUGUAAAAGAUUAUGACCCCUUUCCAUUAGAAGUGACAACACCAGUGACAGUUUAUUUCUGAUACAACAAAUAUUAGUGACUGUUAAUGUCAAGUGUCAUUAUUUCUGAGAAGAAAAUGUCUGCGUAAUCCACAUAUCUUUAUUCAGUCAAGCAGUGGCAGGAGAUGACUUUCAACAGAUCGCCUACAACUAGGCCUAUACCUGAAAGUGCACGCACCUCAAACUGUGAUAGGGACAUCAGCGCGCUAAAUGAAACAAUUUUGACAGCUGCAGCCGUCAUGUUUAAACUAUAUAUGGGAUGACUUUACUCGCAUAAAAACUGGAUGGAAACGUGGUUAUUGAGGCGAUAUUGAACAAAGAUCUUUCUCUCCUGUCACACUGUAAGUCACAUCGAUCUGUGUCUGACUGUGUCCGUGAUGCGCUGCCUCGUUCAGAAGAAAACAUGCCUUGUCAUUUUAUCUGCACUGCUACUGUACGUCCUCCUCCACUACUGGACUGGAAGGGCCACCACCACUGUUGAUGUGGGACCAGGUCAGAGCUACAAGGCACAGAAGGUUCUGAAUGAUAGGCUGCAAGAUGUCCCGAAUAGUUCUGACAAUAUCCCAUAUGUCCUGAAGGAAAGUGUGGCAGGGCAUCUGGCACUGAAUGGGUGUGUGUGUGUGGCAGAUAGGAAGCCUGCCAUAGACCUGCCCUUUGCUCAAGUGCUGUUCCCCCGUGUCUGGACCCAGGAUGACUUCCACACAGCCUUCCAGGAGAAAGAGCUAGCCCAGGUGAAGAGUCACAGGCAGCAGGAGUACAACAGCUUCCAGCAGAGGUACCAGAGUCCCGCAGACCUCCUUGUUAUAGCAGAAGCCAACAGUCCCCUGCAGUACCCUACCCAGGGGGUGGAGGUUCGCCCUCUCAAGACUAUCGUUAUCCCUGGGUUGGGUCUGAAAGAAAAGCAUAGACAACUUCAUACAGUGACUCUUACUGCUACCCUGGGGACAUUUGAUGUGUCAGCCACCGUAGACGGGGUCUCAGUUAGAGGACAGGGAGAGAUGAACAUGACUCUGUCCAGUAGACACCUCUCCACUCUGAACAGACAACUACAGUUUGUCACCUACACCAACACCCGGUUCCACCCCAGGACUGCUGACACAGUGCAAUUUGAGACUGAUGGACACCAGUCAGUUUUUACCAUAAAGGUUGGACAUGCUGUUAUUCCUAAACUCUAUCACUCAGCUUCCACUGGAGAAUACAACAUAAGCUCACUUGUCACCAUAGCUACCAAGACAUUUCUGCGUUAUGACAAACUGCAGGAUCUGAUUGACAGCAUACGGCAGUUCUACCCCACAGUCUCCAUAGUUAUAGCAGAUGACAACGAGCACCCCCAGCCAGUGACGGGUCCACACAUUGAACAGUACAUUAUGCCGUUUGGGAAGGGUUGGUUUGCAGGGAGGAAUCUGGCUGUCUCCCAGGUGACUACCAAGUACGUGCUGUGGGUGGACGAUGACUUCCUCUUCACCUCCAACACCAGGCUGGAGAAGAUGGUGGAGGUCCUGGAGAAGACCACCCUGGACAUGGUGGGUGGUGCUGUGAGAGAAGCUACAGGCUACACUGCUACUUUCCGCCACACCAUCUCAGUGGAGGAAGGGGGUGAGGAGGGGGACUGUAUACACAUCAGAAACGGAUACCAUCAUGCCAUCCAGGGCUUUCCUAACUGUGUCCUAGCCGACGCUGUUAUCAACUUCUUCAUGGGGAGGACAGACAAGGUGCAGCAGGUUGGAUUCGAUCCUCGUCUGAAUCACGUGGCUCAUCUUGAGUUCUUCAUCGACGGGCUGGGGAUCCUCCACAUCGGUUCCUGUGAUGACAUCAUCGUAAACCAUGCAUCUAAGAUCAAGUUGCCAUGGGGCAAGUCGGACAGUGAGAAGGCCUACGCCAAGUUCCGCUACUCCUCAUCGGAUGCUGCCCAAAUCAGAAAUGCCCUUUUUUACUUCAAGAACAGAUUCAAAUGCAUGUCUAGUAAUUGAAACAGGCUCAACGAACUAUCACUUGAAGUUUUAAAACUGGUAGCACAAGAAAAAAUGUUGCACUGAGCAGCCAUUUUUAGUCAUCACCAACAUCACCAUAUGGGGCACAGGGGCACGUUCCCCCCUCGGAUUGGUCCUGUUAAAAAAAAAAGAAUACUUUUUUGUACGUAAUUUUUGUUGUUGUUGUUUCUCUGUAAUACUACUAGCCACCUA